AUGGCCGCAGAACAGGUAUUGCCAUUUUCGGUGUUAUCUGUUGUUGAAGAUGUUCUUCAACAGCACGGGACCCGAUGGAGUGAUACCAACACGACGUCAAGGAAGCUUGAACCAUCUUGCUUAAGAAGGUAUGAAGCAGCUGGGUGGCUACGAAAGGCAAAUGGAGUAGUUGGAGGGAAAGAGUUUCCAGCUGAGCCUUCUGAAGAAGAAUUCAGGAUUGGUCUGCGUAGUGGCAUAAUCCUUUGCAAUGUUCUUAACAAAAUUCAACCUGGAGUGGUACCCAAGGUAGUUGAAGGUCCCUGCGAUUCCGAUGAUGGAGCCGCUGCACUAUCUGCAUUUCAGUACUUCGAAAAUGUGAGGAACUGUCUUGUGGCUUUGCAAGAAAUGGGGCUUCCAACCUUUCAAGCUUCUGAUUUGGAGCAGGGAGGGAAAUCGGCGAGGUUAGUGGAUUGUGUCUUGGCAAUCAAGGCAUAUAGUGAAUGGAAAGAGGGAGGAAAAAUGGGUUCAUGGAAACAUGGUGGGAAUAUAAAGCCGCUUGUUUCUGGAAGACCAUUUUUACGCAAAAACUCAGAACAAUUCCUCUCCAGUUUAACAAGAACCACAAGUGAUCAAUUUACAUGCAGUGAUCUCGGCCAUGAUCGCAUCGAAGGGGGUUCAAUUCAAAACUUGAAUGUGCUACUUCGGGAAUAUUUGUCCGACAAGAAGCCUGAAGAAAUUAUCAACGUAGUGGAGUCCCUGCUUCGCAAAGUCACCGAGGAGUUUGAACGCCGCCUAUUAAUACAGGAUGAAAUGUCGAAAACAAAUCCAGAAGAUAAGGCCGCAGAAUCUGAAACACACGACUCGAUUUUAAAACUUGCUUCUGAGGAUGAGGAGACGGAAGAAAAGGAAGAUGUGCAGCCUAAGCAAGAAGAGUGCUAUAAUGAAAAUCACUAUAUCAGUGAAGAAUCAAGACUCCAAGCUCUGAACGAGCAGCAAAAGUUGGUUUCCCAACAACACAAAGAAAUCCAUAUUAGUGAUGAAGUAACAAGAAUCCAUGUUUCGAAGAACCAACAAAAGUUGCUAGCACAACAACACAGAGAGAUCCAGUUACCCUUAAUAGGUAAGCAUGUGCGUAGCCUAGCUUCUGCUGCUUCAGGAUAUAGGAGAGUUCUCGAAGAAAAUCGCAAGUUAUACAAUCAACUGCAGGACCUGAAAGGAAAUAUUAGGGUAUACUGCCGAGUUCGACCGUUCUUUGGGCAAGCAAACAAUGCUGGCUCUGUUGGUAGCAUAGAGGAAGGAAGUAUCUCAAUGAUAGCACCUUCCAAGUAUGGAAAAGAAGGGAGGAAAACGUUUAAUUUCAACAGAGUGUUUGGUCCUACAGCAACCCAAGCUGAAGUUUUUGAAGACAUGCAGCCUCUUAUUCGUUCUGUUCUGGAUGGCUAUAAUGUCUGUAUAUUUGCUUAUGGCCAGACUGGCUCAGGAAAGACUCAUACUAUGUCCGGACCAAAUGAUCUUACUGAGGAAACCGUGGGGGUAAACUAUAGGGCAUUAAGAGAUCUUUUUCUACUGUCACAGCAGAGGAAAGACACUAUUACCUACGACAUUGGCGUUCAGAUGCUUGAGAUCUACAAUGACCAAGUCAGAGAUCUUCUAGCGACAGAUGGUGGCAACAAAAAGUUAGAUAUUCGCAACAGUUCUCAAAACGGAAUUAAUGUACCAGAUGCAACCCUCGUCCCCGUUUCAUCAACUUCCGAUGUCUUACGUUUGAUGGACCUAGGACAUAAGAAUCGAGCAGUUAGUGCUACUGCUAUGAAUGAUCGGAGUAGUCGUUCUCAUAGUUGCCUGACAGUUCAUGUUCAAGGAAGGGACAUGACAUCAGGAAGCCAUCUUCGUGGCAGCAUGCAUCUCGUUGACCUGGCAGGAAGUGAGAGGGUCGAUAAAUCCGAGGUCACAGGUGACAGGCUCAAGGAGGCUCAACAUAUCAACAAGUCACUUGCUGCCUUAGGAGACGUCAUUUCUUCGCUGGCUCAUAAGCAAGCGCAUGUUCCUUAUAGGAAUAGUAGACUUACUCAACUGCUUCAAGAUUCUCUUGGAGGGCAAGCCAAGACACUCAUGUUUGUACAUAUUAGCCCAGAAUCUGAUGCUCUAGGAGAAACACUCAGCACACUCAAGUUUGCAGAACGCGUCUCCACGGUUGAACUUGGUGCUGCUCGAGCUAACAAAGAGAGUUCAGAAGUGAAAGAGCUUAAAGAACAGAUUGCUACUUUGAAGGCAGCUUUGGCAAGAAAGGAAGGAGAAGAUGAACCGCUUCCACAUUCUGUGAAUAGUAGUCUGGAUGCCCCAAAAUUCAAAUCUCUCAAGUCUUCUCCUACGCAAUCUGGAGGUCAUAGGAAACCCCAAGACGAUUCUGGUAGUGUGGAGGUAAUAUGGAAUUUCACAACGAAGUUGAAACGACGAAGCUUAGAUCUCCAGGACAUGAUCAUGCAUUCACCUCCCUGGCCACCUGCAAGUAGUCAGAGGAUGAACAGUAAAGAAGAGGAUGGAGAGUCAGUUUCUGGGGACUGGGUUGAAAAGAUCGUGGUGAACAGGAAUGACAGCUUAACAAGUGAUGAUAGCCUAGUGGGUCAGUGGGAAGCAGAAAGUAAACAAUCUUCUCCCUUGCUGAGUCCUAGUUCUCUUUCAGACGCUUCAAAAAUAUGCUCGGAACAUUCCUUUAAAGUUACAUUGAAUAAAAAGGAUAGCCAAGACUAUGACAUGGCCACCACAGAUGACUCUGAUGAUCCGCUUGAGGUUGCAACUAGCGAUUCCUCAGAAUCAGACUUGCACUGGCAAUUACAUAUGCCAAAACCAGCCAGUAAAAUCAAUGGAAUAGUUUCUAAAGUUAAGAAACCCACCACCCAUCACAAACUAGUAAAGAACGCCGAAGCCAGGAGCAUGAUUCCAUCUUUGAUCCCUGCACCGUCAAGGAAACAAUUGAUGAUGAGUCAACCCAGAAAGCAGGCAAGUCCUAUUGAUGGAAAAAGAAGAACCGGGAAUGCAAAAUGGAACUUGAGUCUUUGUGCGCGAGAGAGAAAGAGAGGGGAUUUUUCCUUUUACGUUGGAGGAGCAAUAAACCAGUUGCUCGGCUUCUCUGGUGGUGAACGUGAGAUCUUUUACAUCCUGUUGGAAUCAAUGUGUUUUAGUGGCCGGAUUUUUGUGGCCUUUUUUUGA